AUGAAUUCUCGGGCUUUGGCAGCUCUACUGUCGUCUCUAAUUUCAGAACUCCUCCUUCUCCUCCUCCUCCUCUUCCCUUCCUCUAACCCCCUCACCAUAACUUCCAAUUCUAAUUCCGGUUCCAAUUUCUAUGAAACCAUUUUCCCUCUGAUUCACCAUUUCCUCUCUUCCGCGGAGCUUGUUACCUCUCUGUCUCUCCUCUCCAUUUCCAGGAAACGCAAGAGGACCCACCAGCCAGACCUCGACAACGAGGACGAAGAGGAUGAACCCGGCUCAGAACUCGCCCGAUUCGAACUGGGUUUGACUCAGAACCCUGACUCGUUCAAGGGUUGUUUCAGAAUGACCUCCUCCACUUUUGAGUGGCUGUCUGGCCUGCUCGAGCCAUUGCUCGAUUGUCGCGACCCAAUUGGCUCUCCCCUCAAUCUCGCCCCCGAAAUUCGACUCGGAAUUGGGCUUUUCCGGUUGGCCACCGGCUCCGAUUACCCCGAAAUCGCUCGCCGAUUCGGGGUUUCCGAGUCCAUAACCCGGUUCUGUGUCAAACAGUUGUGCCGCGUUCUCUGCACCAAUUUCAGAUUCUGGAUCGCUUUUCCUAGCCCAAUUGAUCUCGAUUCCUUGUCCACGAGCUUCGAAGCUCUCACCGGAUUGCCCAAUUGUUGUGGCGUAAUUGAUUGUACUCGGUUCAAGAUUGUGAGAAAUAAUGGGUUCAAGCUAUCUCCCAAAGAGGAGGUUCGUGAAGAGAGCAUUGCUGCCCAAAUUGUGGUUGAUUCAUCAUCCCGAAUCCUAAGCAUUGUUGCUGGGUUUCGUGGUGAUAAGGGCGAAUCUCGGGUCCUUAAAUCCUCAACUCUGUACAAAGACAUUGAAGGAGGAAGUUUAUUGAAUGCUCCCCCAGUUUAUAUGAAUGGGGUUGGUAUAAAUCAGUACUUGAUCGGCGAUGGAGGAUACCCUUUGCUUCCCUGGUUGAUGGUACCUUUCGUUGAUCCAGCUCCUGGUUCAUAUGAGGAGAAUUUCAAUUCAGCACACCAUUUGAUGCAUAUUUCAGCCCUCAGAGCAAUCGCUAGUUUGAAGGACUGGGGUGUCCUGCGCCAAACUAUAGAGGGGGAGUUCAAGAUGGCUGUUGCCUAUAUUGGGUCGUGUGCAAUACUUCAUAACGUUUUGCUUAUGAGGGAUGACUAUUCGGCAUUGUCGGACGGGUUGGGGGAUUACAGUCAGAGCCCUCAGUAUUGUAGGAAUGCCAGCUUGGAGGAGAGCCCAAUUGAGAGGAAUGCUUCUGUUAUUAGAAAUGCUUUAGCUACCAGAGCGAGAAAGUUUCAUUCUUCCAGCCACUCUAUGGACCCUGGUGGUUCUGUGAAAGCAGAGCCCCGGUGA